AGCGGGCAGGGAUGUGUUCAGGAAACGUUUGUUGCACCUGCGGACAAGAAGAGAGAAGAGAGCCUCGAGACUGACUGCGGACUCGUUGAGGAAGAGGAGUUCAUAUUCAUCACCUGAGCCGGGGAGCAGCGAUGGUCUGCGGAGGAUUCGUCUGCUCCAAGAACGCGCUCAGCGCUCUUAAUAUACUUUAUGUUCUGGUGAGCCUGCUGCUGAUCGGCGCGGCGGCCUGGAGCAAAUGGUUCGACCUGGUCUCCAGCAUCCGGGUGGUGGCGGGGGUCAUCGGCGUGGGCAUCUUCCUGCUGCUGGUGGCCUUCGUGGGGCUCUGCGGCGCCCUGAAGCACCACCAGGUCCUCCUCUUCUUCUACAUGAUCGUCCUGUUCACGGUGUUCAUCAUGCAGUUCUCUGUUUCCUGUGCUUGUCUGGCCCUGAAUAAAGAACAACAGAACAAUCUGCUGGAGAUCGGAUGGAACAAAUCUGAAGCGACUCAAAGGGACGUGGAGAAAACCCUGAACUGCUGUGGCUUCACCUCCGUCCCCGCCAACGGCUCCUGUGCUGCCAGUUGCUAUGAGGCCGAGCCUCCGUCCUGUGAGCCGUGCUCCAGCAUCAUCCAGCAGACGGCGGGGGAGGUGCUGCGCUUUGUGGGCGGCAUCGGACUCUUCUUCAGCUUCACGGAGAUUCUUGGCGUUUGGCUCGCCCACAGAUUCAGAAACCUCAAAGACCCUCGCUCCAACCCCGGAGCCUUCCUCUGACCCCGGAGCCUCCCUCUGACCCCGGAGCCUCCCUCUGACCCCGGAGCCUUCCUCUGACCCCGGAGCCUCCCUCUGACCCCGGAGCCUCCCUCUGACCCCGGAGCCUCCCUCUGUCCUCUGACCCCGGAGCCUUCCUCUGACCCCAGAGCCUCCCUCUGACCCCAGAGCCUCCCUCUGUCCUCUGACCCCGGAGCCUUCCUCUGACCCCGGAGCCUCCCUCUGACCCCGGAGCCUCCCUCUGACCCCAGAGCCUCCCUCUGACCCCAGAGCCUCCCUCUGACCCCAGAGCCUCCCUCUGUCCUCUGACCCCGGAGCCUUCCUCUGACCCCAGAGCCUCCCUCUGUCCUCUGACCCCGGAGCCUUCCUCUGACCCCGGAGCCUCCCUCUGACCCCGGAGCCUCCCUCUGACGCCUGAAGCCUCCUCAUCAUCUGAAUGCUUAGCGCUCAGAAAACAUCAGUUUGCUGUAUUAUUUGCUACUUGACUACUUCCAUUGAAAUGAUACCGUUGUUUUCUUUUCUUCUGUGAAUAUAGAUUUUCUUUCUCUUUUUUUUAUUUUUUAGGGAGUAGUUCAAGAAGGGGAAAUAAACGUGUUUCUUUUUCUGGC